AUGUGUUGUACUCAAGAAGAAGAUGAAUACAACGACAAGUACAUAGGGAAAUUAAAUGCAUAUCAUCAUCAAAUUGCUGGUGAUGUUUACGCGGUGGACGAGUACACAUUAUUGUUGACGGCCUUCAGUUACGAUGGUACCGGCGCAGAUACAUUCUUUUGGGCUGGUGCAACCAAUCAUCCUGGUCCUCAGGGAUUCAUAGUCCCGGACGAGUAUGGCAAGACGAACGUCCUUGACCGGUAUUUUAAUAAGGAUUUUACACUUCCACUACCGGAUAACAAGAAGAUAACGGACAUCAAGUGGUUUGCCAUUUACGAUCUAUCAAAUCAGAUGUACGCCCUUGGGGGCCCUUAUAUUUCGUUCCCCCUUUUUUACCAUCCGCGUACCCAAGAACUGUCGUCGACCGUUCCUACCCCUACAUUGCUGUUGACAGUGACAAGGCAGAGGAUCGGCCGGCACGAUGCUUAUUUCUCCUAGUUUACUAUCCUCUGUGCGUGGUUUAUUCCUGGCGGACCGCUCAAUGUGUAAUCGAUAGUUAGUCGAUUGGACAUAGACGUGAGCAAUUGGUGAACGGCUGAUCGAUCGUUAAGGCGGUAUUCUGGAAAUUCAAAAAAAUCGAUUUUUUUUUGCAUACUUUGAAAGUUUAGACGAUUAAGAAUAUGCCCUUAAAAGAUUUUUCAAAAUUCGAAUUAUUUUUGGAGAUACAGAAGACUUUGUGGCGCGUCAUCUAAGCCGGCCGAGUGAAGCGAAUCACGCAAUAAACGGCAGAUGUUACCGGAUAACUUGAGGGCUCGUUCUUUCUGGAAAUUCUUUUGUACUCGACAUAAAGAAAUUCGGAAAACAUCGCAUAUGAAGUAGAGGAAGGCCCAAUGUAUGGAGCUCGUAUCGCCGAUUAGUCUAAAAUCACUGAAAGGGGUGGAAUCAUGUCAACCAGAGUGCACCGUUUUUUUGAGGAAUUUUGGAUUUUUUUUUUAUAAUUUUGUUUUAUAUUGUUGAAA